UCAAAAUACAUGCAAUAUUAUUAAGAAUGUUAUUUAUAUAAAAGAAUUCUUGUAAAAAAUUCCUUGCCCAUAUUUGAGAUCUUCUCUGUCAUGGAGAUCGUCAACUUUAUGACAACUAUGUUCUUCCUCUUUCUCCUUGCUACCCCUUCAAUGGCUUCUUCUGAAGGUGGAUCAUCUGAAUAUAAUAAUGGUGGGAUAGAUGAUGAUGAUGAUUCAUCGUCAUCAUCAAGAAGAUAUGAUAGUGUUUAUGAAAUAGAUUAUAGAGGACCAGAAACUCAUUCGUCUCAUCAUAUUUCUCCACCUGAUCACUCCCAUGGAAGAAGGCCUUGGAUCAUUCAUCAUCAUCAUAAUCAACUUCUUCAACCCAAACAGCAAACUAAUUCUCUCAAUCCUACUCCUCCAUAACCCACACAAUAUAUAAAGGUUCUUUCUUUUCUUUUUUUUUUCUUUUUUUUUUUUCCCUUCCCAGCUUGGUUUUUUUCCUCCAUUUAUUAGCUUAGCUAGGAAUGGUUUCUCAAUUUAAAAUAAUAAUAAUAAUAACAAAUAAUAAUAAUAAUGUUUUUGGUUUUGGUUUUUGAAAAAGUAUUAAGAGUU